CUCCACCUCACUUUCCUGCCCGUUCCCGUUGCUCGUAAUUCGGAUCGCUGUCUCGACCGUGCGUUUCGUCCCCCGGAUCCUUCUUUAGGAGUGACGCCGAAUUCGCUGCCCGCACUCCAGCUGUCAUCCAUCGUCCGUCGUGUACCAGAGUGUAUUGAUUGCCAUAUCACAUCUUCCAGUCAUGGCCUCCACCACCACGACCAUCAAGGAGACGGUCAAGGAGACGCUGCUUGGUGUUGAAGAUGAGCCGCAGCUCUCCAACCAGACGCGUGCUGAGUUUAUGCAAUAUGCUAAGAAUGACGCCGAGUCCGGUGACUUCUACAUGGACGAAGAGGACUUUGUCAAUGCCAUUGCUCCCGAGUCUGAAGACUACCACAAGAUCAAGCGUUCGCAAUAUGCCGUCCUCUUCUCCAUCGCCGACCGCCGCAAGACUGGUCGCGUUACCCUCUCCGACUGGGCUACCUUCAACAACCUCCUAGCAAAGCCCGAUGCCGAGUACGAAAUCGCUUUCCGUCUCUUCUGCGACCCCAACACUGGUGUAGUCGACUUCAACUCCUUCAAGGAAGCUUACGCUCGCAACCGCUCUCCCGAAAACAUUCCCUUUGACUGGAACUCGACAUGGGCCUCGCUGUACGUUGGCGACCGCAAGAACAGGCAUAGCAUGACCUACCCGCAGUUUGCCCAGAUGCUUCGCGGUCUUCAAGGAGAAAGGAUCAGGCAAGCCUUCCACCACUUCGACAAGAACGGUGAUGGCUACAUUGACCCCGAGGAGUUUGAGCGCAUCAUCCGUGAAACUGCCUCGCACAAGCUGUCCGACCACCUUCUCUCCAACCUCCAGACCCUCUGCAACAUCUCACCUGGCAGCCACAUCUCCUACGCCAACGUGCGCGCUUUCCAAAACAUCAUCCGUGACAUGGACCUUGUCGAACUCGUCAUUCGCAAUGCUGUUGGAAAGACCGACGACGGCAAGAUCACUCGUACCGACUUCUUGAACGAGGCCGCUCGUAUCACUCGCUUCUCCUUGUUCACCCCCAUGGAGGCCGAUAUUCUCUUCCACUUUGCCAGUCUGGACCAGCCCUCAGGCCGCCUCGGAGUCUCGGACUUUGCACGCGUUCUUGAUGCUUCAUGGGCAUCUCACCACACAGUCUACGGCGCCGCUACUGGUGCUGCUGCCGACACCGCCGCUGCAGUCGUUUCGAAGUCAAAAUCUUUCCUGCACGAUGUCCUCGUGUCCGCACAUCACUUCGCUCUUGGUUCGAUCGCUGGUGCCUUUGGUGCCUUCAUGGUCUACCCUAUUGAUUUGGUCAAGACCCGCAUGCAGAACCAGAGAAAGGCUCGUGUUGGUCAGCUUCUUUACAAGAACUCGAUCGAUUGUUUCUCAAAGGUCAUCCGCAACGAAGGCGUCAGAGGUUUGUACUCGGGAGUUCUGCCCCAGCUUGUUGGUGUGGCCCCCGAGAAGGCUAUCAAGUUGACCGUCAACGAUUUGGUAAGAGGAAAGGCCUCGGACCCCACAACCGGUGACAUCAAGCUACCCUGGGAAAUCAUUGCUGGUGGUACUGCUGGUGCUUGUCAGGUCAUCUUCACAAACCCUCUUGAGAUUGUCAAGAUUCGUCUGCAGAUUCAGGGCGAGGUUGCCAAGUCACAAAAGGCUGUUGAGAAAAGAAGUGCCAUGUGGAUCGUGCGUAACCUUGGUCUGGUCGGUCUCUACAAGGGUGCCAGCGCCUGUUUGUUGCGUGAUGUUCCCUUCUCCGCCAUUUACUUCCCCACCUACAACCAUCUCAAGAAGGACUACUUCGGCGAGGGUCCCAACAAGAAGCUCGGUAUCUUGCAACUUUUGUCUGCUGGUGCUAUUGCUGGUAUGCCUGCUGCUUACCUGACCACCCCUUGCGAUGUCAUCAAGACCCGUCUGCAAGUAGAAGCCCGCAAGGGUGAGACUCAGUACACAUCACUCCGUCACUGCGCCAAGACUAUCAUGCAGGAGGAAGGUUUCCGUGCUUUCUUCAAGGGAGGUCCCGCUCGUAUCCUUCGUUCUUCGCCUCAAUUCGGUUUCACUCUCGCUGGUUACGAGCUUCUACAAGGCCUUCUUCCUCUUCCUGGUGAGGAACAUGAGCUUGGUCCCCGUGGUAGCCUCGAGCCUGCAACCGGUUUGCAGGAGGCAAAGGCACCACUUCCUUACCUGAGAAGUAGAAACGCCCUCAAGAUCAUUCUGGACCUCGACGUCGGUUUCGGCAGCCCGAAGGUGCCUGAGGGUCAGAAGUUCACCGGCAUCCCUGGAUUCCGUUGAUCUUUUCCCAGAUAAGAUGACCUUGACGGUCGAUACAUUAGAUUCCUUGUCAUCAUAGGUGUGUCCCUCGUUCUUGUUCGGUAGGCAGGACAUCUGGAGAAGCAGACAGAAAAGCGUGCGUUUUGCAUAGCGUGCGAGGCGUCAAGGCUGGAUCAUGUUUGGAUCUAGUGGUGGCAGUUGUUCUAUACAGCAAAUGUACGAUAUUUUCAAUAG